UGGCAAUAACGACAGCUGUUUGACAGCUCUGCAUAUUUCGAAAGAAAAUCUUUGAUGUGAAAAACCUUUUUCAUUGUUCUCUAAACUAGUUUAAAUAGUAGUAUAGUUCUAAAAAGCUUUGUACUGUACAUAUUUUAAUGUAUUUUACACUAUAAGGCUUCGAGAAAUGUUUAUAACUAUAAAUAGAUUGAGCCGUAGGUAGUUAGUAAUUCGUUCAGAUUGUGAUGAUUUAUCGGAGUUUUUGAAGAAAUCACCGCCAUGGGGAGAAGAGAGGAGCCGGCCUGGAUGCAGGGAACGGUGGGACUGACAGUAGCCCGGGAGCGCGGGGACAUUGGUCGUAAAUUCCAGAACCGACUUCUUGUGACCCGUAGCAUGAUAGACAGAUUAGGGCUCGAAAGCGAGCUUCAUGGGCAUAUGGGAUGUGUAAAUUGUCUUGAAUGGAGUAAAGACGGAUCGGUUCUGGCCUCCGCGUCUGACGAUCUACACGUAAUCCUGUGGGAUCCUUUUCGGUAUAAGCAACUUCACAAUAUUACUACAGGACACACAGGGAAUAUAUUUUCUGUUAAGUUCCUCUCGUCGGACAUAGUGGCCACAUGCGCGGCGGACGGGUCGGUGCGCGCGCGCAACGUGUGCGGCGGCACGUCGCUGCUCGAGUGCGCCUGCCACAGCGGCCGGGUGAAGAGGCUGGCAGUGGCGCCGGAUAAACCGCACCUGCUGUGGUCAGCCGGCGAGGAUGGUUUGGUGCUGCAGCACGACCUGCGCAUGCCGCACCGCUGCAACUCGGACUGCGCGAACGUGCUGGUCAACCUGCUGAACCACAUGGGCCGGUACGCGGAGGCCAAGUGCGUGGCGGUGAACCCGCGCCGCCCCUACCAGCUCGCCGUCGGCGCCAACGACUUCUACGUGCGUCUCUACGACACCAGGAUGAUCAAGCUGGGCAGACUGCAGGUUGGUGAUGCGGACUUCCAAAUGAACGCGCCUAUGUCGCGGCUGAUGUGGGAGCGGCAGAACGUGCGUUGCUCGCGCGCCGGCCACGGCGACCCCGACAACAAUAUACCGCGCGCCGCUGUGCAGUACUUUGCGCCCGGUCACCUAUCGAUGGAGCCGAACGACCACACGUAUCCGAAGAAAGCCGUCACGUACAUCGCCUUCAGCCACGACGGGAAUGAGCUGCUCGUCAAUUUGGGGUCCGAGCAGGUAUACUUAUACGACAUUAACUCAGCGAGGAGGCCGGUGUUUGUGGAGAGUUUCAUCAUCCAACACAACCAUGGAUACCGCGAGGGCGAGGCGAAGAACGGCACCAAGACCGAUACGAAAAACGGCACCAGCGACACCAAGAACGGUACCAAUAACGGCACCGUCAUCGAGGGCAGCAACGGUACGGUGGACCAACAGCUGCCGGAGAAGGUGCAGCAGAUGAAGGAAAUGGCCAACGAGCUAGUAAAUAGGAGCAAUUAUUCAGCCGCAGUGGAGUUGUACAACGUUGCCAUAUCGGAGUGUCCGAAUUGCGCCAUUUUGUAUUCAAACAGAGCCGCCGCGCUCAUGAGGAGAGGAUGGUCCGGUGACACAUACGCGGCGAUCCGCGACUGCUACAAAGCGAUAAAGCUGGACGCCAACCACGUGAAGUCCCAUUUCCGGCUCGCGAAGGGCCUGAUGGACCUGAAAAGGGCGAGAGAGGCCCACGAGUGCCUGCUGUACUUCAAGGACAGGUUCCCCAAGCACGCCACCAGCCACGCGGUGUUCCUGCUGCAGAAGGACAUCAACGUGGCUCUCGAGUCGAUGGAAACGCAGCCGGAUGAAGCUUCAGAAGAGGAGGGGCAGAACGGCAGUGCCCUGGAGCGACAGUUGCGUAGCUCGGCGUUGGACUACAGCCACCGCUUCUUGGGCCACUGCAAUACAACCACGGACAUCAAGGAGGCGAACUUUUUGGGGCCGGACGCGAAUUUCUUGGCCGCUGGGUCGGACGACGGGUCGAUGUUCGUGUGGUCGCGGCGCUCGGGCAACAUCGUGCGCUGCCUGCGCGCCGACGAGUCGAUCCUGAACUGCGUGCAGCUGCACCCGUCCAUGUUCCUGCUGGCCACCAGCGGCAUCGAGGCGGUCGUGCGCCUCUGGAGCCCCAAGUCCGAGGACGGCAGCGCGGAGGGGCGGCUGGUGGACGGCGUGGCGGCGGCGGCGGCCAACCAGCAGCGCAUGCGCAGCGACCCGUUCGAGGCGAUGCUGCUCAACAUCUCGUUCGCCGGCGGGCCCGAGCGCGACCUGCAGUCGCCCGUCUGCCGCGCCACGUAAAGAAAAUUCACCAAUUCAGUGGAUUCGAGUCAAAUGUAAAUAGUUAUUAUAUAUAAACACAUAUUAUAUUAUUUGUUGUUAUACUUAACAUUUCGCGUUACUGUUGAUUCAUAAGUUUAUGUUAAACACCGCGCCAAUAACGGAACGAAUUUUUAAAACUGCGGGUUUGCAUUAGUGCGAGCGAGAUAGCAUGUCAAUGCGAAUGUGAGACGGUGA